AUGUUCCCGCUUCAGCAACUUGCCCUUGCAUACACUCCACCUUUCACUUCCAAAAUGAACCAUUCCGCACCACCCAAACACCACUGCGUGGCUUCCCUAAAAACCCUAACACCCCACAUCACCUGUCUAGCGGUCCACCGUAACCUCCUCUACGCCGCAUCCUUAAACCUCAUUAACGUCUUUGACCUCUCCCAUUACUCCCACAUCGACGCCUUCAACCAAAGCCCCACCUCAGGAUUUGUCAAGUCCAUCGCCUUCACCAACUCAAAGGUCUUCACCGCUCACCAAGACUGCAAGAUUCGCGUCUGGCUCAUCACCCCCUCCAAACGACACCGUCUCAUCUCCUCCCUUCCCACUGUUACCGACCGUCUCCGCCGCUGCAUCGUUCCCCGUAACUACGUCAGCGUUCGCCGCCACAAGACCAGGCUCUGGAUCCAGCAUUGUGAUACCGUGUCCGGUUUAGCGGUGGACCAGAGGUUCAUGUAUUCGGUUUCUUGGGAUAAGAGCUUUAAGGUCUGGGACUUGUCUAGUUACCGGUGUCUGGAGUCCGUCAAAGCGCAUGAGGACGCGAUCAACGCUGUGGUCGUUAACGGGGACGGCACCGUAUACACGGCGUCCGCGGAUGGGAGCAUCAAGGUUUGGAGAAGGUACGGCGAGGCGAAACGGCACGCGUUGGUGAGCACCAUUGGGAGGCAGAAAUCGACGGUUAAUGCGCUUGCGUUGGACGGCUGUGGCGCGGCGUUGUUUUCGGGAGGUUGCGACGGGGCGAUCUGCCGGUGGGAGUGGGGGUGUGAGGAAAUCGGCAUGGUGAAGACAGAGAGGAUGAUGGGUCACAGUGGGGCCAUAUUGUGUCUGAUCCACGUGGCGGAUUUGUUGGCGAGUGCGUCAGCGGAUCUAACGGUUAGGAUCUGGCAACGUGAGAGAGGGAGGAGUGGGUAUGGUUGCAGGGCUGUGCUGGAAGGGCACGAGAAACCGGUGAAGUCGUUGGUGGCAUUUCGGGGAGGUGAAGAUGAGUCAAACGGCGUGGUUAGGCUAUUGAGUGGAAGCCUUGACGGGGAGAUUAAGGUGUGGGAAGUGUUUGGUUCGGCUUGUUCUGCUACCUAA